UUAUUAUUUUAAUAUAAUUAUAAUUUUUUUUUUUUUUUGGAAUUUGCGUUCUCUGCGUGAAAAUCCAGUUGUGAAUAACGAAUGUAACUAAACUUUAGUGGUCUGUUCGACCAUGUCUUCCGAAAACCUAGAAAUCGUACACGAAGGAUGGCUAACGAAAUCACCUCCUGCCAAAAGGGUACUUAAAGCAGUCAGUGUGAAAUUGAAAUGGCGUAGAAGAUGGUUUGUACUUCGUCACUCUGGUGAAUUACCUGGACAAUAUUUUCUUGCAUAUUACACGGAUAAAAGUCGCAGAAAAAUGAAAGGACGAAUAGAUUUGGAUCAGUGUGAACAAGUUGAUGCUGGGUUAAGGUUUGAGGAUCGUAAAUCUAAAUACCAUUACAUGUUUGAUAUAAAAACGCCAAAAAGGACGUAUUAUUUAGCCGCCGAGUCUGAAGAUGAUAUGAACAAAUGGGUGGAUUUUGUGUGUCACGUCUGUGGACUAAAACCAUUUACAGUUGACGAGAAUGCAGAUUUUGAGUGUUCUGUCAGUAGCGUUUGUAGACCGUUCCCUUUGAGUGUUGAGGAACAAGACGAAGAGCAUUCCUCGCCCGAUUCACCCACUAGCACAUCAUCGAGCCAUUAUAUUCCCAUAAGUGAAUGUAUUUCUGGAAAACCCCUUCUACCAAUUCUCCCUCGUACCACUUUAGAAGAGUCUUAUGACCUGCCACGUCGCAUAAGACCUACUCCUCGCUUUUCAGAAUCACCUCCGCCAAGUCCCGGAUCAGAAUCGGUUUUUACAGACGAUGAAUCUAUUAGCGGGUGUACUAUAAUUCGCCCUUCAGUUAACUGGCAAACUUUCCCACGCUUAUCUCAAAACUCACCAGACUUGCCAAUUGCAGCUAAUCGAAGGUUUACUAAAGUAAUACCAGAAGGACAACUUGCCGCACCUCCGAGACCACCAAAACCGUCUCACUUGUUAGAAACAUCGACCAAAACUGAUAAAUCUAUCGAACCAAUGGCGAGUGACGAGACUUACGACUUUCCUAGGUCUCAUCAGAUGACUCCACCACAAGCACAACCUAGAACUCAUCGCAGACAUUGCUACACCAAUGCAGCACCGGGUCAAGUAUCUGGUAAUAUAUUUACGUAUGAUUUUGUUGAAGAAGACUGUGGGACAAAAAUUGAAGAAGGAAAAACCGUGGAGUCUGAAUCUCCGAGCUCAAUUAAUUCACCAUCUGCAAUUGCCAACAUAAGUUCGGCUUCAUUAGUCGAAACGCCACCUGCUGUAAAUCGUCAGUUGAAACCGGGUAGAAAAUUUUCUGAUACAUCAGCCGAACUUUCACCGUUGACUCCUUUGGCAAAUCCACCUAUUGUUAACCGAAGGCUGAAACCCACCCAAAUAAGAAAAUCAACAGAUAUGCACUACGACACAGCGAGUUCUCUUAAACUGGCUGCACCACCGACUGGAAGUUUGAGUCGUCAGAAGUUACGAAAGGGACCCAACACUGUUCCUACAAAUUUUGAACCUCUCAGUCGAAUUCAUAGAAGACAUUCGGCAUCUGAUGAUCGACUAGCAUCAGAUAAGGUAACGUCAUAUCAGAUAAAUAAGAUAUCACCAAAUUCACGUUAUCUUGCUGAAGCAAGUCGCUUCAACGACAUCCAAUACUUAGAUCUUGAAUUUGAAUCGUGUGAUAAACCAUACUCCGCGGGUAAUAGAUCAGUUGCUAAAACCACAACAAAAAAGAAAACUUGUAAUGUCGGAGGUCAUUUUACGUUGGUUUCCAUGCACGACUAUUCAAUGAUUGACGGCGCAUAUCCUUACAAGACUGUAGAUUUUUUGAAAACGGCGGCUUUGUCCAUGAGCAGAAAACGAGCAGAACAAGAAAGACGACUUGGGCAGAACAUGGUAAAUUAGGUAAAAAAAAUCAAUAGUGAAUAAAAAAAGGUGCUCAAUUGAAAAAUAACAACCAUAUGUUGGUACCUAUUGAAUAAGUAAAUAUUUUAAGAAAAGCAUUAGUAAUAAUUAACUGAAUUGGUGAUCUGUGUUGCCAUUAACAAUAACAUAUCUUAUAGGUCAAUUAGAGCAUUUUUUUAUUAACUCGCAAAAUUAAGGGCUUUCAUGUUGAAAUAAAAAAUAUUUAGGUGCGACACUGUUUCUUAAAGACUAACGAAAUAAACAAUAAUAAAAAAUUACCUCAAUUGCCAUGUUGUUGAACAACUUAAUUGUUAUGAUAUUUUAUUUUUUGCCACAAAUAAAAAAUAUAUGUAUAUAUUAUAUAGGAUUAUUUUUUUUUGUUUUGCAGUUAAAAUUUAAUUUAUAGCUACGACAACUUUUUCUAUUUUUCCAUUUUUAUUUAGUAGUAAUAAAAUUAAUUAUUCAUUACUUUUUUUUAAGUAAAUACUGUAUAAAAUAAUUUUUUUGUUUCUACUUGUUACUGUAUAUUAUUUUGUUAUCGACAACCAUUAAGUAUAAAU